UUAAAAAUCGAUUUUUUUGAUUAUUCAAAAAAAACAAUAAUUUGUGUUGGAGGUAUUCUAUCAUGGAAUACAAGCACUAUCGUAGAUUAUUAUAAAAUGAUGGCUACAAUCUAUUUAAAUUCAAAAAAUUAUAAUUAUAUUAUUUUAUUUCAUGAUUAUUAUUGCUCGGUUCAGCCGCUAGCACCAACUUGCCCCCAUUUAAUUGGUAAAGUGUUUGGACCUGGAAUCGAUAAACUUGUUUCGCUGGGUUUACCGGCGGAAAAUUUAGAAUUUGCGGGCCAAUCAGCCGGAGCCCAUAUAGUUGCGUCCGUAAUUGAAAAUAUGGUAACACCUGUAAAACUAUUAAUUGGAUUCGAUCCAGGAUGUGCACUUACAGAUUUUCGACGUGGUCUUGCUCAAUUCACUAUAGCUCUACGAAGUGAUUCCACUAACAGUGGAAAUAUUAAUUGGAAUGCCGAUUUAGAGUUGAUAGUAAAUGGUGGAAUACGCUAUCAACCGGGAUGCGAAGAACUUGAGUCUCAAAUGAGUUGCAGUCAUUUAUUCGUUGAGCCUGUUUGGAAGAGUAUAUUUGAAAAUCAAGGUCAAGGAUUAUUUUAUGGCGUUCGAUGUAAUGAAAUUGAAUGCGAUUAUAGUGAUAUUAAGGAGAUUAUUCCAAAUUUAAGAGAAAAAGGAACAUAUUAUUUCAAAACAUCAGAUUCAUAUCCAUUUGGUUUAGGAUUAGAUGGAAUCAAGAAUAUAACACCUACGAAAAAUAGCACUUUCAAAUUUGACUGGGAAUUCGCUUCAAUAUUUAUGAAGCAUACUCAAGAAUCUUGGCUUUCGCAACUCAUAUUUCACUUUGAUUAA